GUGACUAUGAAGGAUUUCUGUGUUCUCUACUCUUGCCUGCAGAAUCCCGAACCUCUGCUUUUGCCUUGAGAGCUUUCAAUGUGGAACUGGCUCAGGCAGAUUAAAGACUCCAUAACUCAGAAAGGUACAGGUCUGAUGCGAAUGCAAUUCUGGAGGGAAACUGUGGAAGAUAUAUACUGUGAUAAGCCACCACAUCAGCCGGUUGCUCUAGAGCUGUGGAAGGCCGUCAAGAGACAUAACCUAACUAAAAUGUGGAUCAUGAAGAUUAUUGAUGAACGAGAGAAGAAUUUGGAUGACAGAGCGUACAAUAACAUCCAGGAACUUGAAACGUAUGCUGAGAACACUCAGAGUGCUCUGUUGUACCUGACCUUGGAAAUGCUUGGUGUGAGGGACAUCCAUGCAGACCAUGCAGCCAGUCACAUUGGGAAAGCGCAAGGCAUAGUCACCUGUUUAAGAGCAACUCCAUAUCAUAGUGCAAGACGAAAGGUCUUUCUUCCCAUGGACAUUUGUAUGUUGCAUGGAGUUUCACAAGAGGACUUCAUAAGAUGCAAGCAAGAGAAAAAUGUGAGAGAUGUAAUUUAUGAUAUUGCCAGCCAGGCACAUAUUCAUCUAGAACAUUAUUAUGCAUGAUCACACAGUAUCUUCUGCAGUAGAGCUAGAUAAGCCCUUCAUUUUUUCUUAAGGUAAAAUGAAGCCUCCUUGUUUUAAUUCAGUCAGUGGUUUGUUGAUUAGUGUUUUUAUUCUUUGCUGAAAAUAUGUACCCUCAGGCUUUAUUUUUAAUACAAACUAUUUAUAAUUUGCAUUUAAUGCAUUCCUUUGCUAUUCUUGUUUCACCCGAUAUCUGUCCGUUUUGUUGUCACAUGUCCAAGGAGGAAAACGUUUAUCCCAUUUUAGAGCUAGGGAACAGAAACAAGGAGAAUGCAAGGUCAAAAUUAACCACUAUCUCUUUGAUGUUCAAGCUGAAACCUCUUUUUUUUUUUUCUUUUUUUUGUCCCCACCCUUCUUCCUGUAAUCACAGUGUACAAAACCAUUGAUUUUGGUUGCAGCUGUGGUUUACAAAAAUGACAAGCGCCUGGCCUGAAAUGUCUCGUAUCGGGGGUGGUAGGCACAGAAAAUGAACAAUAAAUAUUGUUCUGCUGUUUAAAAUUUCAUUGCCCGUGUUGCAUGGAAACUUUGAGACAGAAGCAGAGAGAGAAUUCAGUUCUUCAGGGCUUUCCAGGUAAAUCAGUCCUGUGACCGUUCUUAGCCCCACAGUCCCCUGACUCCCUACAAGCCAACCAGCCUCUGCAGAGAAAAGGCAGGAUCCUCCUUAGCCCUUUUCCUUCCCACUGCAUUCCAAGAGCCCUGCCCAUGCUAUGUGCUGGGAGGGUCCUAUGGAAAAUAUGAAAUGGGAUUAAGUAAUUGGACACUAUACAGAAAGGCAUAGACAUAAGGAAAUCAGAUUAUGGUGGCAUAAACAUUUUAUUCAGCUUGAAUGUUGAACUUAGCACUUUUUUUUGUUAGUGGGUGCUCCUUGAGCUGCCAUAUCUUCUUGUGAAACAACAAAAUAAAAGAAGAAAAUCCAUUCGGAAAGACCAAACUAGCUUCUAACUUCCAUCAUUACGAGUGAAGGAUACUGGAUAGUGGAGGAUCUCUGCAGGGGUUCAGGCCACUUGACCUGGCAGUAACUGGCAAUGAUAACAGGGUAUUAGCCUCCUUAAUAACCAGAUGGCCUUUUUAAUGCAAGGAUAAAGAUAAUUCUCUUUUCCUGUAGUGGAAGAAAGAGUAAUUUGCUGGCAACAGAGGACUUUGGAUAUUUCAAGCUUUUAGAUGAAUGUAAUGGGCCUGUACUGUUAGCUGCAUCUGUUAUUCUGUCUAAAAUCUCCAUAUUAUUUUGCCUGAGCCUGUUCAGCCAUUUAUCUUCUGUCUAGGUUGGAAUUGUGGGGUAUGGUUAGCAUUAAACCUGCAGAGAGAUUUUAACAGUCUCAGAAUUUGACGCAAGCUACGCAUGUUUCAGAGGAUGAGGAUAAGAGCCCUUAGCCCUACUUCAUAGUCAGAAGAAACCUAACCCCCCCCCCCAAUUAAGUCCAAGGGAUAUUAUGUGAAGCAUCUUGUACUAAUAUGGCACUUAAUCUUGGAAGACAAAUUUCUGAGGUGUGGUCAGCUCUUCCUGCUACUCUGGCUGAUGACCUGCAGAGGGCAAAAGAAGUUAAUGAAGAUUGCAGUUUUGUUUAGGAAUUUUGUAUUUGGUAGAAUAAAAGCAUGUAACAAAGUGCCGUGUUGGGUCCUGCAGUGAUGCCUUUGACCCAUUUACUUGUUCCCCUCUUUGUGUAGCUUCCCCUCUUCUUUAAGAAGAUACUCUUGAUUUUUUUGCUUCUAUCUCAAUUGUGCUAUAUCAUUCAGUUUAUCAGGCAAAACAACAUGCUUUCUAAAUGACAUUCAAGCAAAUCCAUUCUGAGUUAAGAAGGUCAAGCAAGAUUAUUUCCUGUCUUAUGUCUCACAACUAAUAGUAGCAAGCCAGAGCAUAAGCUCAGGGAAGAGAAUUUUCCUUUUGUAUAUACUUUAUUUCAUCUCAACAUUUUAAAAUAACUUGCCCUCUGAAAAGUGUCACUACUUUUUCUUUUUUUCCUGGUAAAGUUUCAGCCUGAUUUCCUCAGUUGUCUGGAAAGAUCAAUAGAAAGGAAACAAAGUCAAGCGUACGCAUCGAUAUUCUUAAAGGCUCUGUUUUCUGUGUUGUGUGUACAGGGUGUUUUUUUUUUUCAGUUUUGCCAUAUAAUAAAAGGCAAGGCAAAGGCAGUUUCUGUAUUUAGUAAUAAGCAUUACAGGAAGCUUUGCUUUAGUUAGCUAUUGGAUGCAGCUGAAUUGUACCUGCACUUAAAGAUGUGUUUCAGCUGUGGUUUAGACCCUUUAUAUGCAGAUUCUGAGGAUCUGUGGCCCAGACAUCCUUUCAGAGACCUGUAAAUGGAGGAUGACUGAACUUCUGAAACUGAGAGUAAGAUUGGAACCAAAAAGACUAGUUCAGGGAAAUGCAUUUCUGGUCCUCCAUCACUCCUGUCUCUUGGGGUACAAAGAAUUAUUUGGUGUUUUAAAACAAGUUAAAUCAUAUUUAUUAAAUCAGAUACAACUUGGAACUUUGCAAGGAUAAGGGAUGUCAAUUUACAGUACUUUAUUGUUAUGUAAGCUGUAAGGUUGCUAAAAGAUACAAGAAUUUUAGCAGGCUUUUCCCAGUGUUAUGCACUUUCUCUCUCGCUGUUCCGUACAGUGAGGGAUGGUGCUGGCCUAUAUAUAAUGAAAAAUUACAGUUUCAGUAUGUCAAAGUUCAGGGAAAAAAGGCUGAAGCUUGUAAUAUAUUCUGUUGGCUCUAACCAUUAUGUAUAUAUAGUGCUUGAGGUUUAAUUUGAAAUAUAUAUAUACACCUAUUAGGACAACUUAAUAUUUUUUUUUUCCUCCCACCUCACCCCAUUUACUUCCAGGCUAGGUCUUUCAGUAAGAAAGUUCCUGUGAAGGCAUAUCCUGCUUUCUUCUGUACGGUGAGUGUGAUAUCAUGCAGUCUGUAAGUGAUGAACUCAUUUCUGUGUUAUCAUGUUUGUGAAGAGCAGAGUAUCACAUUAAAUGUUGUUAAGUAGUGCUUGAUGUGUCUAGUUCAUUGACAGGAUGUAACGAACUUCUGAAAAUCAUAAUGCUGUUCAGAUGUGUAUUUCACUGUAGAAUCUCAAAGUUUCUGAUCAGCACUUUUAAUCCUUCUUCUUUAAUUACACAACUUCUCCAAAUAUGUCUGAAUAUUCACAGAUCACCCUUCUAGUGCAUGGUCCCAAAAUAUUAUCUAUUUUAUCAUUUGUUGGUUGGUUUAGUAAAAGAUAAUGCUUCUCUUCACAAACCUUACCUUUUGUGCUUCUUUAGAAUGUGAUGGCUCCCACCACCACUUAUUGCAACAGGCAAACUGUCAGACCAUUUUGCAGUCCAUAAUUCAGUUUCAUAUAUUGCUUUUUAGCAUAAUGUCCAGUUAUUUGUGCAUACCAUAUGGACUAACCAUUUUCUCUUUUCUAGGUUGCUUUAGAGGAUUAUUUAUGUAAUAUACGGAAAGUGGACUUCAAUAUAUUUCAUCCAAGCUUACAGAAGAAAAGUACAUUAUUACCAUUG